UUGUCUUCACCAAGCAGACCACGCGCAGACAUAAGGGUCUGCAGCUUGUUUGUUUUUUGGAAGACAAUUCAUUAAAAAACCUCUUCAGCAGCUCUUCCUCGGGCAGAUCCUGUCCUACCUCUUCACAUACCUCUUCAACCUCUUCCAAACACAAAACUCUCAAAACCCUAGUUCCCUUCUCCAUUCCUCAGCCGACCUCCCCUGCUCCUCCACCUCCAGCCGCCGCCACGCCGAGCACCACCGUCUCCAGCCGCCCCCACGCUCCCCUCCACCCCUCCAGCAGUCGUUCCACCUCUCCUGCCGUCGUCCGUCACCGGCAGUUCUGGCUUCAAGUUGCGGCUGCUGCUGUUUGUUCAUUACAACAUCGCACCCAGUUCCGGCUGCUGCUCCCUCAUCCCCUGCUCGACCACUACCACACUAGAUGUAUAGGUCCUUUUUAAAGUGAGCCCAAUCCUUGAUCUAAGAUGCUUGUUGAGCUUUUUAUUUGCUGGAAACAGUAUGUUUCUCUUUCUAUGCAUAUAGGGGUCGAGUGGAUGAUUAAAAGCAUACAAAACCCUUUUAAGAAAUGCUAUGUAUGCAGUCGGUUUCGGUCAGCAGUUGCCCGAAGUUGGUAUUUGAUCCACUGGGUGUUCAGAUGACAUUACAACCACUGAGUUCUGAAGAGCAAAAAGAAGCAUUUCUUCCAGUGGAUUUGGGUGCUCCGAGCAAACAACCCACGAACUAUUUUUGUAAAAUGUUGACUGCAAGUGACACUAGCACUCACGGUGGAUUUUCGGUUGCUCGCCGCGCAGCUAAGAAAGUGUUUCCUCUACUUGUAAGCUAGAAUGCAUCCCACUAGGGGGUGUUUGGCAUUGUUUUGGGAAAGUGGGUGUUUGAUCACUAGUUUUGAUGUUUGGUUACAGGGAUAUUGUGACAAUUAUUAUGUUAUUUAUGGGUUUGAUGAUCAGUUUUAAAUAGGGUUGUAAACGAGCCGAGCUUAAAGUAGCUUUAUGAAAACUUAUUCUAGUGAUUCACAUGUAAAACUCUUUUAAGUUAAAUAAAAUCAGUUUGUUUAUAUUUCAGUUUA